GUUAUGAAUUCCCGUUUUAUUACGUAGGAUUUGGGAUACUUUGUAUCGUAUUCCCAUUUUACAACCAGUUUUCAUAGUGGCAAAGUUGUUCGUGUUACCUCCUCUGCAGCCUCUAGUCCAGACACAAUUCGAAGCUGCUUGUGAACAAAUGAUGGACAUUGGAAUAUCAGAUUUCACUAUGAUCCCAGGCCAGUCUCCUUCGCCUGUGGAACGUCUACCUCCAAUUGGAUUCGAACGUUCAUUGAGCAAUCCAUCCCCUACUUUGACUCCUUCGUUGUUCACCCAGACAACGCCGAAAGAUCGGUGCAAGAUUCGUCGUGCCAAGUUUUAUGACAGAAUGGAGUUCGUCUGUGUUCUGAAACAAGUCGUUCCUCGUGGUGUUAUUCGUAUUGUUGCUUCAGAUGAAUGGAAAUUUCCGAUCUGGAAUGGGAACCUGGAUGAAUCCGCGACGUUGCCGCCACAAAUGCUCGGUUCCUCGUCGCCGUCGGAUGGGUUUACUAAUGCUGCGGGAACUGCCUGGCAUGCGUCGGAUACCUAUUAUGCUUUCAAUCACAAGGAAAUACCUAGGUGCGCUUUUCGUAUGUUCGUCGGCGGAAUGCCGAACUCGAUGUCAGCGAAGCAGUUGGCAACAGUCCUUAAUGACAUUUUUGGACACGUCGAUUGCGUAAGGAUUCAGUUUAAUCCUGGGAAUUCGAAUCCGAGCCGUUGUGCCACGGUGGAUUUCUGGCACGUUGCUUCUGCCUUUGCCGCCGUCUAUUACCAAAGAUUGAACAUUUAUCCCUUCAUCAAGAACAGUGCGUGGUGUUCGCACUGCCGGGAAGUGACGUAUGAGCCGAUUCUGUGUCGUGAGGUGGCGUGCAUGACAAAGUAUAUGUGCUUGAUGUGCUGGAAGAAGUCUCAUCGUCAACAAACCAUGGGCCGAGCUGACCACGAGCCACUCAUGCGUCACCCAACAGAGGAGGUGAAGAACAUCCAAAUGUGGUUCCGGUUUCCACCGUCUUUGCUAGAGAUGAUCAAGAACAGCGUAGAGUUUCCGGAGUAUUUGGCUAAGAUGAGCGACGCGAAUAAGCCAGUUGCCCUGCAAGAUCCUAACGUCGCCGAAAUAAUGGCUCGUAUUGAUGGCCACGAUGUCCUUUGUCAUGCGUGUCACGUUUCGCCACCGCCAACUGCCAUGGGUCUGCACGAUUCUCCGCGCAUUAACUCUGACUAUUAUGAAGGGAUAUGGAAUGCUUCUACUGCUUUGUUGCAACUGAUCAACAGCCAAAGUUAAGGUGUUGGACGCAAUUCGCGGAAGGAGAGGAAAAGACUUACGUAACAUAACACUUGAAUCUUUCGACUUCGAGAAAUAUUUCCAGCAAUGUUUAACUGUUGCAGUUGAUGUUGAGUUGGUUCCCGAGUGAAACGAGUCCCAUUCCGAAUGAAUGUGUGCGAAGAACAGAACAAACCCUGUAAGCUUGGAUUUGGAUCUGACUAGGUGUAUUGUGUGACUGGAGUCUGCUCAUCUCGCGUUAUCUUUGCUUCGUAACAAGGUUGAUCGGAUGUGAUACGAAGUCCAGGGCGUGUCAGCAGCGGGGGGGCGUGUUUCUGCUCUGGGCCAUUUGACAGAGCCAGUCUUGCCUGUCCCCUCCCCCUGGUGCGCGUCGCGAAUCUCUUUGCUGCUGCUUAAAGCGCUGGCCUCGUGGCCAGAUUGUAACUAAAUUUGUUCUGACGGGCGCGUUUUCCCGAGCUCAAGUUUGAAUCGAUUAUUACCCAGUAUUCCAAAAGAAACAAGGGAUUGUGUUGAAAAAAUUUUCGUACGCCUGCGGUGUGGGAGUUUGGAAUGUGAUAAGCGUUGGGAGGUUUUGCCAGCUGCACUUCCGGAAUACUCGCAAGCGAGUGGGCAUUGUGGGCGGGUUUUUACUUUCAUUCGGGUUUUUUGCCGUUUUUAUUAGAGAAAUCGGAUUGUGAUGAUCAAUGCUGACAUGCGAAGUUCUACCGUCAACCCCGUUAAGCUUUUUGAUUCGGGUUUGCUCCUAGACGGGCUGGAAUUGUCAGCCUUGUGAUAAGCCCAGUUCAUCACACGGGGUUUGAACCGAUAUGACAUGACAGGUCCGCUUUUGCUUUAACCUCUUGACGCGCCGUGGGGGGUUUUUUUUUGUUCCGAUCAGGGUAGCCAAAUCAUGUUUCGGUUUUCAGUUUGUGGAGAUUUUUGUUCUUUCGGUUUUUGUGUGUGCGACUCCCUUGAGAUCUAUGUGGGAAAUUUUUCUCUGACGGAAGGCGGAUUCGGAGAAUGUACAUAUUGUAAGGAUGCGUCGUUCGGAAUUUUGAAAACAGUCGGAUACAAGGAAACGAGAAAGUAAAAUUUUGUUCGAAAUUUGCCGAGGGAAAUUUCAAGACGAGAAGCAA